GGGGUGUAUACAUGGCGGCAGAGACCUGGCGUGUCGGCCGUCGGCCGUCUGCAGAAGCCGAUAUUUUGCUUCGGAUCUUGGGGUGUUUAUCCCCUUUUUUUCCGGCCUUUGUCCCUCGUCGUACACCUCCUGGCAAGUUCGUAUAGACUGUCCGGUUCUCUUUUCUUACCUCAGCUACAACCUCACUCACACACACUCUGUCGCUACUUCUCUUGUGCCCUUCUGGUCCUUCGUUUCGCCCGGUCUUUGUCGUUCGACUUGUCUGUACUUUCUCUCUCUUUAUUCUUUGCUCUCUUUUUCCCUAUCCCUGCCCCUAUCCCUUUCCCUCUUUGCCGUUUCCUUCUACUUCUUCGCUCCCUCACUCCUUUCGUUCCGUUUGUCAGAAGAAGACGCUGGAACAUAAUACGGCACAGCUGGAUCGGACCAUCACACAACCUCUAGCGGUAAUGACAGGUCCUUUCACUCUCAUCAGAAAGAAGAGUCAAAAACUCAAACGAAAGCUGUCAAAACACGAAAAGAAGACCGAAGAACCGGCCCGUUAUGCCUACAACACAAGCCGCUACGGAAACGAAAAUGAAACCCUGGACUACAACUGUUACUCCCCAAUAGGCACCUCUUCUCCUACAUUCCCCAAUUUUCCAAGAAACACACAUUCGGUCUCGUUUGACUUAUCCCCCAUAGAAGUCAAAGAACUCUCUGUCGACAUACCCUACUACAAUUUCAACCGCUCCCGUAGCACACAGAAUCUUCAGGGUUACACCAACAAUCCUAAUAACAAGGAGAACAUUUUCUACGAAUCAGAUUCUACCAAAAGUCGAAGAUCCCUUGACAAUCUAGGGACUCUGAUCAAAAUACCCAAAAGAACCGCUUCCCCUCCAUCUGCUAGUAACUCCAACUUCAAUCCGGCAUCUAAUAGACUCUCUUUUGACAUUGCUUCUUACCAGCUCAACAAAUCAAAGAUCAGAUCAGGCUCGAAAAGGGUGACCUCGGACUCUUCACUCUAUUCAAAUUCAAGACCAACAUCCAUGAUACUCGACUCGGAAAAAACUCUUAUACCCCCAUACAGCAUUCACAGUAUCUCCAGCAAUACCUACACUAAUAAGACCAAGAAUAGUAUCUAUGGAUCGAUUUACCCGGAGCGUCUCUCCAGAAGUGCAAUAUCUCUGAACACAUAUGUAGAUCCCGAAACUCUGGCCCCAGAAAAUAGUCUUCGCCAGUCAACUUCUCUGCUACGUGCCAAAAGUACAACCCAUGGUUCCCGUCAUACCCACCAUAGUCACAAACAUGGCAAUCACAAACAUGAUUACUCAUCUCGAAAAAAGGUUCCAAAAAGAGUUAGAGACAACCAAGGGGUUGUUUCGGCAGAUCUUGACAAUUGGAGUCUCGAAACUCCAUCGAAUAUCCUUUUUGCAAUCAUAUUCCAUGUCCUCAACAUCUUCUUCGGUGUCUGCGUCUAUCUGCCAAUCUAUAUUUUGGUUAGAUUUGGUUACUUAUCAAUCCUGCUGGUUGGCCUCGGGAUCUUGGCGUGGUGCAUUUUCGGGUCCCCUUCACCAUCGGUGGUUGUGAAUCUGCAGCAUACUAUCUCAGAAAUCUGAUUAAUUGUGGCUUCCCAUGCCGCCAUAUUGCCAAAAACUUCACAUAACACUGUCGCAUUUGCUUUCCGGCACAACCUCAACUCAUAAACAAUUAUUCCUGGUAAACACUAAAACUUUAGUGUCCUUUAUAAAUAAAAAAAAUUCAUGUAAUAACCUCAUAUUCAGUAAAAAGAUAGACCGUG